CCACCGGCUCCGUCACCGCCGCCCGCCGCUGUCAGCGGCUUCCCCCGGCGGGAGGAGAGAGCCCGGAGAGCACUUUUCUCCCGACUUUAGGAGUGUUUGUGGAUUUACAUGCCAAGCCUUCAAGAUGAUGUCCAUGAACAGCAAACAGCCGCAUUUUGCCAUGCAUCCCACCCUACCUGAGCACAAAUACCCCACUCUACAUUCCAGCUCGGAAGCAAUAAGAAGAGCAUGUCUACCAACUCCACCGCUGCAGAGCAAUAUCUUCGCCAGCCUCGAUGAGACUUUGCUGGCGCGGGCCGAGGCUCUGGCCGCCGUCGACAUCGCUGUCUCUCAGGGCAAGAGCCACCCGUUCAAGCCCGACGCCACGUACCACACCAUGAACAGCGUGCCCUGCACCUCCACCUCCACCGUGCCCCUGGCACACCACCAUCACCACCACCACCACCAUCACCAGGCGCUGGAGCCCGGCGACCUCCUCGACCACAUCACCUCCCCGUCCCUCGCGCUCAUGCCCGGCGGAGGCGGCGGCGGAGGCGGCGGCGGUGGCGGCCACGACGGGGCGGGCGGCGGCGGCGGCGGGGCCGGCAGCGGCGGGGGCGGCGGCGGCGGCGGCGGAGGCGGCGGCAGCCUCAUCUCCACCUCGGCCCACCCACACUCUCACAUGCACGGUCUGGGCCACCUCUCGCACCCGGCCGCCAUGAACAUGCCGUCGGGGCUGCCGCAUCCGGGGCUGGUAGCCGCGCACCACGGGGCAGCGGGGCAGGGCGGGCUCAGCGCGGUGUUUCCGCGGGCAGACGGGGCCGGGGAGCUCGGUUCUUACGCCGGUGCGGAUUUAUGGCCGUGUCACCAGCCAAGCCCUGCCCAGGAGCUCGCCGUGGCUGGUCGUCCAGGGGCAGCUGUGCAUGCAAAAUCUGGUUCCCAAAUUGGAGUCAUAGCCCCUCUGGGAAAGCAGGAAUCGUCCUCCUUUGAACUGCAUUUUAACUCCUUCAGCCUGCUUACCGAAGUAUCCCAAAGCAUCAUUAAUUCUGGAGGGAAACGUGGUUAA